CAGAUGGUUAGCCGCGAAAUGGCCAAUCAUUCCAACUCUGUUGUUGUGAAGAGCCACGGCCUUUCGGAAUGCGCGGUCCAAGAGUUUGGGACUGUUGUCGAUCUGGUUUAUGAUGCCCUCAGGGACUUUCGACCUCCCAGUGGGUCGAUCUUUCAAGUCGUUGCCCCAAACCUCCAGGCCUUCGAUGCCUGGAGGAAGGGCAUCAAGCCACGCCUGCACCUGUGCCUAUCUGCUCCAAUCCCAACGUUCAAAACCACAGUAGCCAGAGAAAUGUUCCCCCUGAUCACAUCCUCUAUUCUCAUAGUUCGCGCUCAUUGGGCGCACUCCGAUGGUACGGCAACUGACCUCAUGCCACUGGACAUUUCUCCAUUCCGUCAUAAGGACAGGCGGAAUGUCCGGUACUGGUCGAGCAAGAUACCGGAACGCAUCGUUGCAUUACGUGAGCGGUCCCCUCGUUAUCUGGAUAUUACUUCCCAGUCCUUCCCCCUUGGUAACACGGCUCCCACCGCACGAGAGCUCAAGGACCGCGCAUCACGGCUAGAGAACACGUCCCAGCAGCUCCGUACGAUAAGCCACAUCUACUAUUGUGCCGCCGCUCUGAGAGAGAUGAGGGAGUUAGGACCGGAGAAGUUUUUUGAACGGUGUCUCCACGCUUCCAGUGAACGUCACUCUUCUGGUAGCCCCCUCAUUAUGUCAUUACUGAUAUCGCCACUUGUCCUGCUUUUCGAUACCACUCUCACUAGCCCAUCAAUUCUCCCUUCCAUCACCGCCAUGGUGUCGUAUGCUGUCUUGCACGGGGGUCUCAGGCAAUCGAACGGCCCUCGGAAGGUGCUCGAGAAUGCCCUGCUUAAUCUUGUAAUUUCUGUUUCGCAGACAGGGCAGAUGUCGCAACACGACGUUAACAAAUUUCACACCGCAUGGGAAAUGAUUUUGCCAUAUAUUCCCGAUACCAUCGCUCCCGUCACUGACCCACCCGACAUUGACCCCAGGGGAAUCGAGAAUGAAUCCGCUUCCACCGCUCCACACUCCACGGGGCAAGCCUCGGGCACACAUCCUUCCAUGACUCAAUCCUCUGCAGCUGCCGAAAUCUCAGCCAUUGCCCCAACUCCGACAGUUGCCCACUCGACCCUUCCUACCGUUCGCCCCCAGUUGGCACCCCACGCUCCGAAUGACAGGGAUGAAGAAUCCACUCGCGGUCAAAAGGAGUCUCAACAAUAUCCGCCCGCCACCCAGGUGUCUUCGUUCGCUGGUCAAAAACGCCACGGUGGAUGGCGAUUUGACUGUCAUCGACAGAACAGGAAACGUGCGCGGAAACGGAUUAUAUCAGGAACUGGGUACAUCCACGAAGCUUACGAGACCGAAGGAACAAUAGCCUCUAUACCUUCUCUCGACAUCUGCAAGACGUGGCCCCAUAUAGACAAAAUGCCGGACGUCCCGGACCUCAAUGCAGAUGCAAGGUCAGAUGCAAGAUCAAAACUCCUCUAUCCGAUAGACUUGCAUGUCAGCUCUCUUGUCGAUCGAGCCGAAGGGCGAAUUUCCCAGGUGGAGACCUUCUCAUUUCCGCACCGUGCACAUUCUCCCUCCCUGCAGAAGUUGAAGCACUUCUUAGAAUCGCCCCAGCAUGAUGCCAAGGAUUGGAAGCCCAUUUUGAUGACAACACAGCAAGCGUUAGUGAUGGACGCACAGCGGUUCCAGAGUAUGGUCAACGAUGGUACCCCGAUCGUCUUGGCGGACCAACCAAUGCAGACCCCGUUUUGCGCAGAUAGCCUCAUUGACUUGAAUCCCGAGGUUCAGUGUAUCGAUUCUGACCAUAUUCCAUCGGCUGAUCACGAUCACCCCCGGAUGGCCGCGAGUCAAGCUUUUGACGAGAUAUGUGAUUGGCAGAGAUCCAGGCCACUGAUCCUUACCCAGGCCUCCGCUGGUCACAUUUCACUGACAGAGAGUCUCCUUAAUACUCAUGACGCAGCAAUUGCGUAUUUUCCUCUGCGGCAUCUGGGCUUUCAAAACUGGCGAUAUCUGAUUGUCGCGGCCGCUGGCUCUGUAAACCCCCCUCACCAGGGUACAAGCGGCACUGGCAUUACCCUUCGCUGUGCUAAUGGUUACGCCAUCUUCUUCGUUCCAAUCCUAAAACCAGACCAGUUUAUCAUGAGCUGUUUCAAUGGCGCGGACACCUCCCCCAACCCGGAUUUUUCAUACCUCUACAAAGCUCCCUAUCAUUUUGGCUCUUUUGUUCUCUCACCUGGCCAAACGGUUAUCUUUCCUCCUGGCCAAGUCUAUGCCUAUGCAUCGCUUUCUCGAGAAGUAAACAAUAUACUCAUCCCGGGAUGUAUCAUGCAUGGUUCGGACUUUCUUGCUGCUGGAUGCAUGAAGCGAUCGUUUUUCACGAGCUGGAUGCAUUGCUCUGCCAAACAAUCCAAGAGCCAAGUUGCCUGGAAACCUGACAUCACACCGUCCCUGAUGGCCAUGGUGUGGAAUGCGGUGUGUGCGGUAUCAACUGCGCAAGAACAGCCCAUCCACUCCCCAGACAUUGUAAACCUCUGCUCAUUGGCAUUUAUGGCCAUGGAGUUCAUUGGGGAUUAUGACCCGCACUUUUCUGAAAUGGCCAAGUCAUUGUGGCGUUAUUGUGCAGAGCAACGACUGGAUGCUUGUUCCCAAUUCCUUAAUGAAUUCUCACAUGUGAAAAACCACCAAUUAUGUGUAUGAAUGUUGUUGUAAUUGUAAUUGUUUUCCUUUUCCUUUGACCUCUUAGUCCUAGCCCUACUGCUGCAGCAAUAAGGUGCUGUUGGCCAAUCAACCAUUGCCACUGAU